AUGAGAACGUCACGAGUCUCCAAGGAGACAGCAAAGGUUGUUGAGAUUCUGUCAGCGGCUCCACGUCGCCAAUCGCGGCGGAUUGCCAACGCGAAAAACUCACUUAACAGCUACCCCCUAGCGGACAGGAGGAGACAAAGCGAGUUAGCCUCCCAUCAUAGCAGCUCCACAAGAGCCGAGCCCCAGAGUGAUAGUCACGAUGACUCUGAACUCUCCUCUGCGAAUCCCACGGACAUUGAGGAUCUCCUGGCACCAGCGCGGGCAAUAUCGCAAGACCGGAAAAGGAAACGCGAUCAUGAUUUUUUGUCUAAUGAAAUCAAGCGAUCGGCUUCAACAGCACCAUCACAUAGGACAUCCACUACACCGGAAAAGCCUACUAUCAUCAAAAAGGAGGAGACAGAGUCGAAACCAACCCCAAAGCCUCGAUCACGACGGCUACCGGCGCGUAGAUCGACCGGCGCCAACGGAGUCGUCAAAGUUGAACCCCCCUCAAAUUGGGAAAAUAUUUAUGAUAUCGUCAAGGAAAUGCGUCGCAAAAACCCCACCGCACCAGUGGAUACUAUGGGCUGCUCCCAGCUCUACUGGCGCUCUUCUUCCCCGCGUCAAAGGCGUUUCCACAUCCUCAUAGCCCUGAUGCUUUCGUCGCAGACGAAAGAUACCGUCACUGCCAUUGCUAUGCAACGGUUGCAUACAGAGCUGGGACCUGAAAGUGAUAACAGGGAGGCGGAUUUUGGGACGUUGGUCGUAAAGAAGGAGGAAGUGGAGGAGGGCCACUCCAUAAAAGAAGAAGAAGUGAUGGUCUCUACUAAGAAGGAAGAAGAGGUGGUUUCAAUAAAGGAGAAUGGAGUAUGGGCCGUGAAGGGAGAGGAGGAGGGCCGGCAGACGGUGAAACAAGAGGAGAAAUGGGAGCAAACUAUGAAGAGAGAGGAGAAAAGGGCUGUGAAAGUUGAAAGAGAAGCAGAAGAGGAAGAGGAGCAGGAGCAGGAAGCAAAGAAAGCAUUAGUGUGGGACCAAAACAACCAACACACAAAAAGCACCUUAACCCUCGAGAACAUCCUUGCCGUAAAACCAGCCCGCCUCAAUGAACUCAUUCAGAGUGUCGGCUUCCAUAACAACAAAACAAAAUACAUCAAAGCUGCUGCUAUCAUACUUCGAGACGAGUAUAAUUUUGACAUUCCACCCACCGUGGAGGGACUAAUGCGAUUGCCAGGCGUCGGGCCGAAGAUGGCUUACCUCUGUAUGAGUUCCGCAUGGGGCCGUGAUGAGGGCAUAGGCGUCGAUGUUCAUGUGCAUCGUAUCACGAAUUUGUGGGGGUGGCAUAAGACAAAGACACCUGAGGAGACUCGGGCGGCGCUGGAGAGUUGGUUGCCCAAGGACAAGUGGCAUGAGAUUAAUAAGCUAUUGGUUGGGCUAGGACAGACGGUAUGUUUACCAGUGGCUAGGAGAUGCGGGGAGUGUGAGCUUGCGGGAACCGGGUUGUGUAAGAGUGAGAUCAGAGGGUGGACGGCCAAGGUGAAGAAGGAGAGGAAGGUAAAGAAAGAGGAGGCUGAGAUGGUAGUAAAGAGGGAGAGUAAGAUAGGGAUCAAAAUUGAAGAGUAA